AUGGUCGACCUCUACGCCGCGCUGGAGGUGGACAAGCGCGCGACGCCGGAGCAGAUCAAGCGGAAUUACCGCCGUCUUGCCCUGCGCUACCACCCCGACAAGGCGGGCCCAGAAGGCGCUGCCCGCUUCAAGGAGGUGAAUACCGCCUAUGAGGUUCUUUCCAACCAGCGAAAAAAGGAAAUUUACGACCGCUAUGGCGAGGCCGGACUGGAGGCGCUGGAAAACCCGGUGGCGGGGGCCGCGCUUGCCACCUUCGGCUCCACCGCGCCAGUCAUCAUCACAAUUGCCAUCUCUUUCAUCUGCGCUGUCAUGCUGUUGCUCUUUCUGGCGUUUUUGGUGUCGUUCGUGGACGGCCAGCUGCGCACGUGGAGCUACGUCAGGGUGUUCUCGCCGCUCUUUGUGUUGGACUUCUUGGUUGGCGUGCCGGCUCUUAUCCUCUUAGGUGUGUUCGCCAUCAUGUCGCCGCUCAGCCUGCACGCACAGUGCACGCUUCUCUCGUUACUGUGUGCCGUCGUGUUGACAAUUGUCAUCCCGAUCGCCAAGGACCGCAACGAGGCGGUCGCCAGAGCUGGACGCACCGACUACGUCCAAUGGCGGUUGUGGCUUAUCCCCGGAUACCUAUUCUCCGUAUUUGCCUUCAUUGCUAUUGUAAUGACGUCACUGCCGACAGAGAGACGUAUUUUCGACCUCAAGUCCAUCGGAUUGGUGCACUUCGCGAAUUACACUCGCGUUGGCUUCGUCUUCGCCAUCUUGCAGGGGUGCUGCAUCGUGGUCUUCUUUGCCCUGGUGGCGUGCCGCGCUGAUGGGGUGAUCACCAUCGACUACUUCGUCGUCAUUGGUCUCCCGAUAUUUCUGCUGCUCACGCUUUUCCUCGUGAACCGCGUCGUGCUUUACGUGUUAAGCAGCUACAUCAGCGACGUGCCGCCCGAGGUGGCGGCGGCGGCGGCAGCGCGUGAGUUGAACGAACACGGUGGCGAGGCACCUGCGCCGCACCCUAACGAGGGCUGCGCCGAAGGCCCGCACUCGUCGUGGCGUGGGUCAUCGAAUCCGAUGUGCGGUGGUGGCACUGAGGGAUGCAACCGCACCCACCGCCAACCGCGUGCCGAGUUUGAAGAGCAGUUACACUCCAAUGACGCCCGAGAUCACGGCAACCGUGACGGCGAGGGAGGCGAGGAUGGCGGGCGGGCACAGCAGAGUGCGUCGCACGGCAAGAACCCGUACGCUGGCCAACACGCCUCUUUUUGCGGAGUUCUCAUCAGCAUGAUUGUCGCGAGUAUCCUCGUUGGCCUGCUGAUGGCGUCGACCGCCAUGAUAGCAGUGCGGCUGAACUACUACUCCAACCACGGCACCUAUGAUGGUGUCCUGUCCCUAUCCAAGGCAUGCAUUCCACUCUUUAUUAUUAUUGGCAACGUUGUGCUCAUGGAGCUGAUCGCGUGCCUUACAUUCUGCUGUUGCGGUGUCUUCAUGGUCGUAGAGGGCGGUGCGCCAGUGCCCGAGCACGGCAACCAACAGGAGAGCAGCGCAGGGAACGAGGCCGGGAUGCAGAAUAACGUCUGCACCGAUCCGGCUCGGCCGGCUGGCCAGGCGGUAGCUGAUUUGACACACCAAAAUGAGGCCCCCAGACGUUGCCCGCCUGGAGCAGUUUCUGCCACGACUCAUUCUGUAGCGCUGUCAGCGGACGAACAUGGCAAGACGCCGCGGGAGCGCCAGCCGGACAGCACGCGCCUCUCCGACGUUGAUUAG